UCCGCUUCUCUCUCUUUGUAUAAUCAUCUCUUUGGCAGUACUACAAUAUGACUCCCCGUAGUGUGUUUAGACGUAGAUGGCCUCGUCGCAGGGCACCUUGCUAUAAGGAGGAUGAGGACGAGGACGAGUUUCGGGAAGUAUCAGGGCCCGUUAUUUGCUGCAGCGACUGUCGUAAGCUUACGACUCCCAAACAUACCUGUGACCCAGUUUGCAAAACAUGUGGCAAACAUUUUUCUCCCGGAUCUGGAUGUCCCGAUCUCUGCGAUGCCAUUCCUUGCUGCAGAUGCUGCGGUCAAAGCACAUCAACUCUCAACGCAAUACCUACACGCCCUUUACCUUUCUCUAACAAUACGGACUCGACUGAUCCCAAUGGGCUGCCAGUCCUGCAGAUCAUUUUCCCUAACUUGAAAUCCGUUAUGAAAAUACUCGUCGACUUUCUAUUCUCAGAUAGAAAGAUGGAAUUUGAGUUUAAUCCUACUCCAUACAGAGUUGUCAUCGAAGCUGUUGGGGGCUCAGACAUUUUUGUGGAUAUGGUAUAUGACACAAUUGACCCAAUGAUCAGAGCUUUGCAAGGUAAAGUUCACACUGUUAACACGCUGCAUAAUAUACGUUUAAAACAGUCCAUGGCUCCAAAAACUUGGCACGAACCCAACAGAGGGUAUUUGGAUUUCGUUACCUAUAUCCAGAGCUCUGAGUAUUGGCGUCCAUAUGUCGGACAAUCUAACCAGCCAAUAGAGCGAAUACCACAACAUAUUAGGGCGAUUCGCAAUGGAUCUGAGGACAGCCUUCAUUAUUAUAUUAUUCAGCAAGGCAAUGGCUCACGGCGAGCUAACUUCAUACGACUGUGGACUAUACCAUUCCUACCCAACACUGACAAGGCAGUAAAGAUGGUCUUUGAGAAUUUCCUAGAAAAGAUUAUGUGUCGAGCUUUCCAAUCACUUCCUGCAAAGACAUUAGAGCUGUUCUUUGGGCCAUGCCCGCAAGGCCAGUACUCAGGGAUGGGUUUGAAUAUUGUAACUCCUUUACUCCAGGGGAAAGAACUGGGCCCUCAAAUCCGUCAUAGGCUCAUCCACAAUUGGCCAAAAAUUCGAAAUGGUUUAGAUUACAAGGCUGGCCGGCAACCAGUGAAAGAGAGGCUACCCUACAGAAAGCAUGUGGGUGCAAGGGACUACUAUGCUGCCCUUUACCAAGCAAUUGAGAGCAAUGCGAAUCUCAAAGAAUCCCUCUUGAUACAAGUAAAUGACAACUCUUGGGGAACUUUAGAAGGGGAGCUGCUAGAUAUUAAUUCUUGGUUUCAGUCAAUAUCAGCUAAAAUACGCCAGCAAGAGCCGACAUAUCAAUCUGAAUUUAUCGCUCCAGUUGGAACUAUCGAAGCUUCUGUUGGUAUUAUUCUCGAUCUUACACCAUUACGCGAAUACACGGUCCAGGAUAAAACUGUCAAUCUACCGUGGGGUUUACGAGAGAGUGGCUUCAAUGAGUCAAACUCUUUAAUCUGGAUGUACAAUCUCCAGAAGUAUAUUCAUAUUCCAGGCAGCUUUCAAGUUGCUUCCCCUCGCCCCAUUGACAGGGAAACUCUCCGCACGGCUACCAGGAAAUUAAUCCUUGGGAGCCGAUUACGCGUUAUCAUUAUAUGUGGCGACAGUGCUCAAGAAGCAGCUCUCCCAGAUAAUGCCCCGUUGAGUAGCCAACACAAAAUCACAAGAACUUUUAUCCGUGCACCCGCUCCUCUCUCAGAACUGGGGACUAAGUAUGGAAAAGAGGCAUUUCAAUUGACGAACAUCUUUCGGUUCGUGUCUACUAUUACCGAUCUUACAAUUUUCCCAUCCUUCUAUGAGUCUGCUCUUUGUGUCUCCUUAAUUGUACGGAGAUGGGACGAUGAGAAAAAUGGUAGAAUACCCAAGGCUGAUCCAACCGAUCUUGAGCCGUUGCUAAGGGUCUGGCUAGCUGCGAAAGGAUUUAGCAGUGAGAGUGAUCUUCGCCGCUUAGCAGAGACUGCUGGUGGCUCCUUACGAUAUGGGAUUUUAGUGCUUAGUCUUAUCCUUCCAAGAAGGAAGAUAUUGCAUCAUGCCAAAAGAUUGCCAGACUCGAAGAUACGUCGGCAUGACGCUACUGAGUCUGAGGUCCUUCUCGAAGUUAAAUCGCUCCUCAAGGACCUUGAGUGCGAAUGCGAUGUUGAUGAAAUUGUGUGCGAUGAUGCACUCAAAAUUGCUACCGAAGAGGAAUCCGCCUCUAACUCUAGCCAAGAUCUAGACUGUAUUCUCAGCGCAGACACCUCUCAGAAACAGGCACUAUGCCAACCCUUCACGAACCGACUAGCUUCAAUGCUAGGCCAUAAGUAUGAUGGCCGCUGGGAACCAAAGUACAAGACUUGGACGGUUUUUAUUAGACAUGGAUCUAUCAGUGUUAAGAUGGAAGAAGAGCCUAAAGAUGGAUGUUGGGUUCAAGCUGAGCUAUCACCCAUUGGAACUAGACAUCCUCAAGUAUGGGCUAAAGCAACCAAAGACCAGGAUCCUGGUGCCCGCCUUGCAUUCCGAGUCUCAACAAGAAGCGCAGAUGAACAUGAAAUAUCUGUAAUAUAUCCUACUAUCAGCACUAUAAAAGGAUGCUUCAGAGCAAAUACUUUUGUGGAUGAGCUUAAUGGUGAUGACUAUCUCCAAAUAUGCCAAAGGCCUCGGAGAUUUGUGUAUAUCGACCCAAGGAAUAAGUCGCUGCUCAACACUUAUCCGAUAUUAAAAGCUUUCAUCGAUGGUGCCUACACUGAUGAUAACGGGAUGGUAGACCCUAUGAGAAAGCUGGCUCGCCCUCCAAACAACCCAGUGGCGGAUGGGAAGCCUGCACAAAAGAAGAACAAGCUAGAAUGA